AUGUCGCUGGGCCUGCCAUCGGACCAUGAGCUAUCGCGCCGCUGGACUAGCUGGAAGCAGAACAGCUCAGCUGUGUGUCAUAGGCCUUGUAGUGGCAAAAGGGGAUUCUCCGUCUGCUCCAUGGGGCAAGAAGGAUUGAGGUUCUACCCUCGCCAUUUGCAUGAGAUGGUGAAUUUUUCCAACACAGCUCUACACAUUUCAACCUAUCCUGUGAACUUUCUGAGAUUUAGGAUUUUUUCCCCCCGUAGAUUCCGAUCUUCCACUGUAAAAGAGUGCAUCCAUGCGAUACUGAAAGAGAAUCUAGCCAAUGUUCAGUACAACCCAGAGGAAACGCCGCAGCUCACACGGUCCUUAUCAGACGCAAUUAAAGAUAGACUGAAAGAAGAGGGAUUUCACCGAUAUAAAAUGGUGGUCCAGGUUGUGAUUGGAGAACAGAGAGGUGAAGGAGUGAACAUGGCUGCCCGAUGUUUCUGGGAUGCUGACACGGACAACUAUGCACAGGAUGUUUUUAUGAAUGACAGUCUGUUCUGUGUGGUAGCUGCAUUUGGCUGUUUCUACUACUGAUCCCAGAGUAGACUGCAAAAAAGAACCAGAGGAAUUUUAGAGAAGAUUUUUAGUUUGGUUGGUUUUCUUUUGUAAUUAAUCCUAAGGAGCCAUGUAGUCCUGGUUUCUCGGUGUAGCAAACUUACAGCUGUACAAAGCAUGCUCUCUGUACCUCUCUGCUACACUAACGUAUCCAGAGCUUCCUCCUCUUCCCUGCUUGUAUAAAUAUAGCUCUGUGCCAUGUUGUUGUUCGGUUGUCCUUUUAAUCAUCCUUUUUGCUUUGUGCAAAAUGAAUGUAUUAAUUCCAAGGAGCCAGAUAUCGUGCCUCAGAAGGACUAGACUGCUUUUAUUAGUGGUGACUUGUUUCCAUAAUGUAAAAAAUAUUUAUGAGCAAUGUAAUAUAAUCAAUACAGAUGUAUCUAUUUUACAUUUUCCCAUCUCUGUUCCUCCCUAUGGAUGUGCUUUUGUCUUUUCGAGUGUUAGUAUCUGCUCUCUCCACUCCAUCAAAUAUGCCAGCCUUGACUGUUGAUAUAGCUUCUUCUCCCACAAAAUGUCUCCAUGUUUCCUGCUGUGGGUAGAAUGCCCUUCCUGUGCAAGGCCAGAAAACUAGUAUUCUGUCCUGUUGUAAAUUCCUCCUCCAGAUCACCUAUGUCUGUGAUGCCUACAAGAUACUGCUGUUCAACCUACCUAACACUAAUAUCAGUCUGCGAGAGCUCAUAUUUUGAAAAAAAAACACACAAUUAAAAUGAUCCGGAAGUCAGACUCCC